AUGUCAACUGAAUUUGUCAAUGGGAGGGAGCUGCUGGUUGUGGAAAUGAAGAAUCAAAACAAGUUUGAGAAGUUCACAUGGACGAUUAAGAACUUCUCCAAAUUAAAAUCCAGGCAGCUGUACUCUGAGAAUUUCUUCCUUAGUGGCCAUCAAUGGAGGAUUGUUAUCUAUCCAGAGGGGAACAAUGUCUUGGACUUCUUGUCGAUUUUUUUGGGUGCUGGGGAUAUUGCUAAUUUGCCUUAUGGUUGGAGCAAAUUUGCGAAGUUCAAGUUGGCACUAAUGAAUCAGGUCAACGGCAAAAUGACAAAAACAAGAGAAACUGAAUACCUGUUCAAUGCAGAAGAGAUUAGCUGUGGUUUCGCAUCAUUCAUACGUUUAGGUGAACUUUGGGAUUCUAGCGGGGGCUUUAUUAUGAAUGAUACUUGUAUUAUCGAAGCUGAGAUUUCUGUCAGCAAGUCAGAACAUGACAAUCAAGUAGAUCAUGCAGUUAGCAAGAUUGAUGUUUCAACAGAUUCUGCACAAGUUAGUGUUGAACCUAUUGAGAAUACUAAUAAUCUUUUACCCAAGGAAAUGUCUUCAGCCUCAUUUGGUGAGUUCAUGGAUUUCAGGGGUUUAGGGAAAAUAGAAAAAGCUUUUUUUCCACUACUAGAUGAAGUAUGUUCAAAGCAUCCCUCACUUAUUGACUCACAGCAGAAGAAAAGUGGUAGGUUUAUUGAAUGGGCAUUCACAGCUUUGGGUCGAGUUCUACAUUUUCUUAAGACUAAAAAGGUGAAAGAUAUGGAUGGUGAUGAUUGUAGUCAUCUCCAAAUUUUAUGGGAGGAACUUGAGACAUUUAGAUUUGAUUUGACCUGGUUGGAACCCCAUGUUCAAUCUGCUUUGUGUAUGAAAAGUUAUAUGGAGAGAGCUGUGCAGGUGAAAAAGGUGAAGCAGAAUGUGGCUGCUAUAGAGAUGGGAAUUAAGAGGCUGAAGGCAAAGAUGGCUGUUGUAGAGUUAGAUAUUGAAAUAGCAAGAAGAGACUUGGUGGAUGCAGAAGAAGGCUUGGAUCAAAGAGAUUUGGAUGCUGAAUUAGGAUAUGGAGGACCAUAA